UCGUUGUGUCUGGAGGACCUGAAGGAGCCGGCCACUCUCCCGUGUGGACACAACUACUGCCUGGAAUGUAUUAAUAAGCACUGGGAUCAGCUUGAUAUAAAGGGGACCUGCAAGUGCCCUCAGUGUGAAAUGGAGUUUCAUCCAACGCCACAGCUUUGCAAGAAAACGACUGUUUCAGAUCUGAAAGAAAAGAAAAAGGAAUAUAGAGUCAGAAGAACUCCAUCUAAGAGAAAACGGAAAGCUUCAAUGACCAUAAUGGCUUCCAACAGUAAGAGUCACCUGCAGAAUCCUGGGGAGUCUGCAACCUCCAAGAGACGCAAACUGGAGGAGUCGACUGGAAAUCUGAAAGAGAACUUCUGCACAAAGCACCAGAGAGUCCUGGAGAUGUUCUGUAGGACCGACAAGAUCCACAUCUGCUUACUGUGUGCGGCAACUGAACACAAGAGUCACGACGUCAGGAUGUUACAUAAGGCGACAACUGAGAGAAAGAGUCAGUCGGAGAGAAGAGAGGCAACAGUGGAAGAAAUGAUUCGAGAGAAAGAAGAGACACUGGAGGAGGUGAAGGACACCGUAGCGAAGAUUCAGUUCCUUACAAGCUUAAGUUUGGGGGUCACUGAGCGCAUUAGAGAUCGCAAAGAGAAGAAGGUGAGAAAAGCUGAAAUGCUCGUCAAGCAAGCCGAAAGCCACAUUGAGAAGCUGAAGACGACAAAUGCCGCACCUCCACAGAGAAACAUCCUAAACAUGUUCUCUCACGUUAAUGAAGAUAGAAGUUUGCUCUUUCAUCAUCUGAGGAUGAGCCUUUUUGAUCUAAAGAAGAUGUUGGACGAGAUCAGCAGAGGGAACUUUUUAAAGACCACUGUGCACAAUACGACAGAUAGAACAGAGCUUUUAAAAUACUCCUUCCCUCUCACCUUGGACCCCAACACGGCAAACAGGUGGCUUGAACUGUCUGAAGAAAACAGGAAGGUGACAUUUGUCAGGACAAUGAUUUACUACCCUGACCACCCGGACAGAUUUGAUGGGAGUUUCCAAGUUCUGGGCAAAGAGGGUAUGAGCGAGAGUCGCUUUUACUGGGAGGUCGAGUGGAGAGGAGAGAGGGUCGAGAUUGGAGUCACGUAUAAAGGAAUAGGAAGGAAACAAUGCAGUGACAAGUGUCUUCUUGGCUUAAAUGACAAGUCCUGGUCUUUGUCCUGCUCUUAUUCCUCUUUCUCUGUGUUGCACAAUAGCUUGAAGAUUCAAAUUCUUGCCCCCUUCAGUCGCAGAAUUGGUGUGUUUCUGGACUGUAUUGCUGGCACUCUGUCCUUUUAUAGCGUCUCAGACACAAUGACCCUCAUGCACAGGUUCAACACCUCUUUCACUGAGCCGCUCUAUCCAGGGUUUUGGGUUUCACCAUACUCCAGUGUGACAAUCCGUCGUCUGUACCCCUCUGGGAAGUGACUGGCAUCAUCUGCAGGUCACCUCAUGUCUUCUGUCACACAGGAUUACUUGUUAUUUUGGAGUGAAGAGGAAAACUCCAUGGACUGUGCAAGAGUUCAUUCAUUAUUUCAUUCCACACGCACACAAAAACACUUACACACACUGUCACCAUGUCAUCUCUCCCUUUGGUCAGUAGAUACUCCAUCAAGAACAUGAAGAGAUAACGGUGAGGUGUUUUCCAUUUGUCUGGCUUCAGAUUGAAAACCCUUCACCAUCAGGGGUUCCCAUUCACCUUCAGUUUAUGCUCAGUACCUGUUAAUGACCACAUGAUGGUGCUCUCCUAAUUGUUUAAGCUUUGAAUUCAUUCUGAAGUGAAAAGUCAAGCAAAGCUGUGGGGACAGAAGGGACAUGUGAGAAGAGUACAUUUCAUCCAGAAAAUUAAAUCCUAAUUUGUUUUCUACAUUUUAAAUGGCAAGUGUAAAUUCAGAAAUUAGAGCUGACUGGUAAACUCAUUCAUUUUUAUUAAUUUAAUUUUGAUCCAGCUUAACUAAUAAAAACUGAACAAGGAAAUAAAAUGGAAAGACAAGUGAUCUGGCGCCAAAUCCAAAUUGCGGGACGCACUCAAACGCCAUAAAGACUGCAAUAUGUUGCACUUUAAACACGUAAUCCAAAAUUCAAAAUGAAAUAAACAGAGCAGGAAAACAAGCCCUAGUAAACAAACGACAGAAAUUAUAUGUGAUCUGCGGUAAAAAGAUGAACGAUCAUGCAAACUAGCUCAGGACAUGCAAGGGGAACUGUAGUCAAAAAAUGGUCUGGGAGGUGAAAAAUCAAAAACUCGAAAAAGGAACCCGAGUCAAAUUGUUAAGCAUUAAUCACAGUGAAAAAACAUAGCGAGAAUUUCAAACAACAGAGAUUAAGAAAUAAAAAUAAAUGUAAACAAAAGUCUUUGGGAGAAUCCAGUUGUGGACAAGCUGAAAGUCCAUGAUGCUGACUUUAACGUCAGCGUCCCGCUGCUGUCAUGCGUUGUGACUUAUGCUUCAGACUGCUCCAAAAUGGUGGUGGCAGUAAGAAAAGAAAAUGGUGGUGUGUGAAUGCUAAUAGUAUAAUGUUUAAAAUAUUCACACUUCCAAAAUGUACCUAAAAAUAAAAAAGAGUUACAUAUUUAAAUUUGGCACAGUCCCAUACCCUGGCAGUCUCCUACCAAAAACUUCUUCUAAUCGAGUGCUCGAGCAUUGUGUCCUGUAGCCAUUGCGCUCUAAUCCCAGCUUCCUUCUCUUUUUUACCUUUGUUUUUACUAAUCUUUAUUACUAUUAGUUAGUUUAUUAGUUUUUAAAAUUUAAAAUGGAAGUGUGUCUUCAAUUCAAGGCAUUUCUAUUGUCUCAAAUCAAAAGUCUUGAAUCAGACUUUCCAGGAUACUUUUGAGUGUAAAGCGAAACACAAAAAAAGUGAUUCCCCUCACAUAAGGAAGGCAACGCGAUUUGGUGAUCCCAUCUUAUCUACCAGAAACAACUUCAUGAAAGAAAAAGCCUUCAUAUAAUCUGUGUGACUGACCCGAGUAGGAGCAGAAAUCUGUCCGUUAAAUAGAAGUCCAUUGUAAAGAGGGGAAGCGAUGGCGCCACUUCAGUCGUCCUUACUGUUCACACCUGAUGGUAGAUUUAUGUGCAAAUCCAAUAAUGAGCUUCUCGAAAGUUUGUUUUUAAAACACGAGGACAUCUUAAAGGUGAAGCAAUACAACAUCAGCAGGUCAGGUUCUCUUUCUUUAAGUCUGCUCUCUGCUAAGAGCUCAUGGACUUUGCUUAUUCAUUACAUUUUAUUUUAAGCUUACUGGGUACAUAAAAAUCCUUUUAAUUGAUUUCUUUUUUUCGGAGUAUCCUCAUUCAGUUUUUGUUGUUAUUUAAUGAUCAAAUUAACUUUUUUUUAAUCCUACACUUUGUCGUAAUUAUGUGAAGAUUUCUAAGCUCCGCUUGUAUUAUUGAUAAUUUAUUUCUGUUUCCUUAAAAAUUCUUUCCACAGUUUGAAUCCAUCUUUUGGGGUCUCCGUCUUUCAUUGUCAAUCAGCUUAUUUUCUGUCCCUGUUUUGUGAUCUCAUCUCUUCUUCUUAUUUGCCUUUACUUCCUUUUAAUUAUUGUUAAUUUUAAAAGCCUUUUCAUCUUAACAAUGUGACUUUGUUUCAUUUUUCAUCCGUUUUAAUAAAUCACUUUUUGUUUAAA